AUGGACGGUUUACUGGUGUUCUUAAUUGCAGAAAUUGAUGAGAAAGUGGCGAAGAUUGUAAAUCUUAUAAAGAACAAGAACCAAGCAGCAGCAGCAGCAGCAGGAGGCAAAAAGGACUCGGAGGAAGUGGUUGAGCUCAUUGAGGAUCUCCACAAACAGUACCAAGCACUCCAUGCUCUUUAUGAUAAUCUCAGAGGAGAGAUAAGAGAAAAAGUCCAUGCAGAAGAACAAGAAGAAGCAAAAGCAGAAGAAGAGUCAUCUUCUUCUUCAAGCUCAGACUCACACUCGGACUCGGAAUCGUAUCAUUCUACGGGUGAAAUAAGUGCUACAGACAGUCCCAGAACUGCAGAUCUUCCUCAAACGCUGAUAGACGAUAUUAAGCUCAAACUUGAAGCUUCCGGUUCAGAAUUUAUUGAACACGGGAAUAACUUGGCCGGCAUGAGCAAAGAAAAUGAAACUUUAUAUUCAGAACAUAUGGCGGCAUCCCUAAGCAAGAUACAGGAGUUAGAAACACUUGUUGAGAAUUUAAGGAUUGAAACCGAGCAAACUGAGACCAGAAACCAGGAGCUCCUGAUUGAGUGUACCCAAUUAAGAGAGAAAUUUGUUGAAAGAGAGACCGCACCACACAAGACGUUUUCUUCCUCAAGUCAAGCAAAGAACCUUCUUGGAGAAGAAAACUUAGGACUUGAAGCCCACAUCAUAGAACUUGAGAGGGCGUUAAAGGAGAAAGAGGACGAACGGGAACAACAGUUAAUGUUGGAGAAUGAUGAAGCAGCUGUUCAUGCUAAGGGCGUUGUGGAUCAGCUCAACGUUUUGCGGCAUGAACUAGAGUCAUUAAGCAGUCAGAAAAAGGAUUCAUCAGAAGCGUCCUCUCUUGAGAAAGCCAUUCAAGAAAUAGCAAAUCUCAUCACUGAGAUGGAGAAUUUCAAAGACAAGUUAGAGGGUAAGAGAUUGGAUUUACCAAGUACCGUAGACGAAGAGAAGGAGGGUUUGGAGAGGCUGGUAAGUGAGCUGGAAGUAGAAAUGGGUUCGCUGCGCAGCCAGAAGAGUGAACUGGAAGAGCAGAUGAGAAGAAAAGACGAAGAGGCCAAUAGAUUGAGACUAGACAAAGAAGGGUUACAUGUUAGAAUCUCUGAGCUGGAGGAAUCGAAGAUGGAGAGAGUAGAUGAGCUCGAAAAUGGCUCCUCCUCCUCCUUCUUGGGAGCAGCAGAAGACGACGUAAAAAAUCUACAAAAGCAGCUACGCUCAUUGCAGUCUAAGAAAAGCCAGUUGGAGCUGCAGAUUGAGAGAGAGAAACGGGAGUCAUUGGAGAGCCUUAGUCGAGUGGAGAAACAGAACAUGGAGUUGAGGGGCAAGAUUGCACAACUGCAGAGGAGUGUAGAAGGGCAGGAGGAUGUUAUCAGCAAGUUAAGAGAGGAGCAUAAACAAGUAAGAGUUGCGUACAUGGAGUCCAAGUCGAACCUCCAGAAUGCAGAAAAGAAGAUUGAAGAAACUGCAGAAGAGUUCUGCAAGAAAUUAGAAGACAGCCUGCGAAUCUUGAGCCGGAGGAUCAAGGUGGCAGAACAACUACAUCUGGAGAACAAAGAUGUGUACAGAAAGACAAGGGAGAAAUACGAGCAAGAGCAAAAGGAGUUGAGGGAAAGAGCUGCAGCCACGGGCGUUGCAGCCAAGAGGAUGAAGGAGGCUUCACUAGCAGCGAAUGACAUCCUGACGGGCUUGGAUGCAGUGGCCCUGAAAUUCGAGGAGUGCAGUGGGAACUUCCUGAAUCGGAUUUCCAAGGCUUCGUGCGAGGUGCUGUUUGCGAAGGACUGGGUGAAAAGGAAAAACAACACCGUAAAGCACGUGCAGGAAGACAUGGAUUGUGUGCUGGGGCAGGUGGAUGGCAAGGAGGCAGAGAUACUGGGGCUCAGGGAGAUGGUGUGGAAAUCCAAGAAUCAAGUAAGAGAACUGGAGAAGAUGGUCAAAGAGAAGGAAGAGGGGAUCCUGGGGCUCGGGGAGGAGAAGAGGGAGGCCAUUCGCCAGCUAUGCGUGUGGAUUGAUUACCACCGUAGCCGCAGCGACUAUCUCAAGAAAAUGGUCUUAGAGAUGACUGCAACCCAGAGGAGGACUAUAGCUAAUUAA